UGAACGGUCGCACUGUUGGACAGUGCAGCAGCGGUUCCUUCACGACGUUCUAAAGGUGGAUUUUCGUUUCCUCCUGCUCAGAACUGCUCAACUGCGUGUGGGGACCCAGGACCUGCGGUCUUCUUCGGUUAUUCUUGUCAUUGGUAUCGGAGCAACACACUCAUUGUAGCUGUACUCACACACAGAUAGCCUACGCACACAGACAGCGCUCAGCGGAUUUCAAUCUCAAUAGGGCCACUUUUUUUCCGCAUUUCAAAGGAAGGUGAACAACGCGGGAGAAAAUGGCGUUGUCAAUUAACGGCGUCCUCUGUACGCUGACGGUACUGAUUUUGUGGCGGGCAGAGGAGCUAGUGGAAGCUUGCAGCUGUGCACCCGUGCACCCGCAACAGGCUUUCUGUAACGCGGACGUAGUGAUCCGAGCGAAGGUGGUGGGGGAGAUGGAGGUGGAUACUGGGAAUGAUAUCUAUGGGAACCCCAUCAAGAGGAUCCAGUAUGAGGUCAAGCAGAUCAAGAUGUUUAAGGGUCCUGACCAGGACAUUGAGGCGAUCUUCACUUCACCGGUCUCUGCUGUGUGUGGCGUUACCUUGGAUACUAGCGGCAAGAAGGAGUACCUAAUAUCCGGCAAGGUGGAGGCAGGUGGGAAGAUGCAUGUGACCCUGUGUGACUACAUCACGCCCUGGGAGUCCAUGAGCCCCACUCAGAUGAAGAGUCUGACUCAGCGCUAUCAGAUGGGCUGUGACUGCAAGAUUGUGCGCUGCCCGUCCCUGCCCUGUGCCAUCUCUGCUCCAGAGGAGUGUCUGUGGACAGACCUGAUGAUAGAGAAGCAGGUGCACGGUCGCCAAGCUAACCACUACACCUGUGUCAAGAGGGCCGAUGGCUCCUGUUCCUGGUAUCGCGGUGUGACUCCGCCCAAGAAGGAGUUCCUGGACAUCGAGGACCCCUAAUCACUUUCUGGCCCUACCCCCUUCCAGCUGCCCACUGCACAACCUGAUUAAAGAAAGUUUUUUAACAACAUUUCAUGAAAUAUUAGGGGAGAAAAUAAGUUCUGUGUGAAAGGACAACAUUAAUUUGAUACACAUAUAAAAUAUAACGAGGCAAAGCUGAAUGAUUUAAGAGAGCUCGGUUAAUAGUUUACUGGUCCAAAAACAACUCCUAGCUACUACCCCUUGUGUUUGCAGAUCUAAAGGGACUGGAUAUAUUAAUAGUAUGGUGAUGGCUCCACCUAGCCCCCUAAAUGGUAUUUGUCAAAUUGCUUACACCCAUCCGGUUCCUUCAGGACUGCAAAUCACAGAGGGUUAGAGGCUAGGGGAAGGCGCUAGACAGGGGCUCAGGAUGUUUGUGUAGCUAUUUAGUGCCACAAGACCCAUAUACUGGUCGUGUGGUGGUGAUGAUGAUGUCACAUCCCCCUGAGGCUGGCGUCAGGAGGACAGAUUAUUUUUAUUUUUUGGGGGUAUGUCAAAUGGUAACAGAGCCCAGGUCAAAAGUAGUGCGCUCUCUAUCCCUGUCAAACUACCCAGGUUAGAAUGACUCCAUAUCUAUUCAAUGAUGGCUCAACAUUACUUAUGUUUCCUCAUUCUGUUUGAUUUCAAAGCCAUAUUCCAAGAUGCCUUUUUUCUUUUUAACUAGUCAAACGCUAUUUGUUGCUUCUCAUAACCAUGCUGUUAGGACCAAUCAGAUUGAUGGUGAGGCGGGACUUCCCAGCUUGUUCUAAUAGACAUUUGGUAAGAAAGGUGUUUAGUUUUUAUAAAUGGUUGCAUUUCAUUUUGUCUGAAUAACCAAAGCAUCCCAGUCAGAGACAAAUAUGGGAAUAACAACAUUUUUAAAAGAACCUUCUAGAAUGCAUGUCUCACCGGACCAGUCUAUGGCAUGUGAUAGAGAUGGAUGCCUAUGGUACCACAUAUUACCCCUCUCCCAUAACCCUCACCGUUAUGCCCCCCCUCCCCUCGAUGGCCCUUCUAGACUCAACCCCCUCACCCCUCCUCCCUGUCUCCACCCACUCCCCCUAGAUUGCUGUACAGUACCUAUGCAUAUACUUUUGUUUUUUUAAAUAAUUAUUGUUAUUUGCAUCAUUAGAACUAGAUUUGCACUUUGAAGAGGAAUUCCAGUAAAGACCAAACUGUGAUUCUCUAUAGUGUUUUUAAUAUCGUACUGCAGUCAGGCAGACUGUGUAUCCCAAAUGUUACCCUAUUCCUAUAUAGUGCACUAUAUGGGCCCUAGUCAAAAGUAGCACUACAAGCCUCCCGGGUGGCGCAGUGGUCUAAGG